AUGAGAGCCCCUCUACUGCUCUUGUUCCUCAUGCUGAUCAGCCUCUGCAGCUCAGCCAUUGUCUACUCAAGCGAAGAAGGCGUCCUCAAGAUAAACAAGAAGAGAUUUUAUCUCAAAGGUGCCUCAUGGUUCGGGUUUGAAACUGGUGUAUCAACCGUUCAUGGACUAUGGGCAGUUGACUACAAGUUCAUCGUUAAUUUCUUGGCCAACAACAAGUUCAAUGCCGUUCGUUUACCUUUCUCCUUAGAUAUGGUCUUGAAAGAUCCCACGCCCACGUCAAUAAACUUUGGCGGAUGUUCUGGUGACAAUCAGUGCAAUCUUGACCUCAAAGGACUGCGAUCACUGGAGGUUUUGGACAAGAUCAUCAACUACAUGGGCACAAAAGGGAUUGUUGUUCUGCUAGAUUUGCAUUCCUUUGAGCCUGACGCAUUCGGCUCUAACGGUCUAUGGUAUGAUUCUUCGCACAGUGAAGCUUUGGUCAUUCAAGGAUGGCGCAAAUUAGCUGAUAGAUAUAGAAACACAUGGAAUGUGUUUGCUAUUGAUGUGAAGAAUGAGCCUUUCCAGGGAACCUGGAACACUGGAAAUCUCAAUACUGACUUCAAUAAGGCCUCUGAGAGGAUUGGAGAAGCAAUCAUUAAUGAUACCAACUGGCUUGUCUUCGUGGAAGGCACUGCUGUGAGGCUGAGCAAGCCAGGUCGUGUGGUCUAUAGUCCCCAUACAUACGGCCCCAACGUCUACAACCAGCCUUACUUCAGCGAUGCAUCCUUCCCUUCCAACAUGCCACGCAUCUGGGACAAGCACUUUGGUUUCAUCCGCAUUUUCCGCGACUCAGCUAUCGUCACCGGAGAAUGGGGAGGAUCAACUCAAGGCAAGAACGGCAUUUGGCUCAACGCCUACGCGAACUAUCUGAAGACCAACGACAUCACUGACAAUUUCGUCUGGUGUGUGAAUCCCAAUUCUGGAGAUACUGGAGGACUGCUUUUAGAUGAUUGGAGGACACCAGACAGCAACAAGUUGGCGAUCCUGGCGAAGCUGGUCGAAAACCCAACCAAUGUGCUGGACGCCAUCAAGGAAAGCCACCUCGAAACCAACGACCAAUGA